AUGUCUUCUCCGAACCUCCACAGAGAAAUUCACUACUUGGUCUUACAGUACUUGAAUGAGCAUGGUUUCGAAGAAUCAGCAUACACUCUUGGGCGUGAAACUGGGUUAUACUUUUCCUUAAACCAUUUUGAGAAGAUGGUGCUUGAGGGCAAGUGGGAUGAGGCUGAGAACUACCUUUCAGGGUUCGCGUUGGUCAAGGAAAUAUUAUUUGAAAUGAAGAAGCAGAAAUACUUGGAAGCAUUGGACAAUAACGAACGUGACAAGGCCAUGGAUAUCCUCAUAAAGGAGAUUAAAGUCUACAUACAAGGAAAUGAAAAGUUGAUGAAAGACCUUAGUUACCUUCUGAUGGUUGAUGAUAUAAGGCAAAUUAUACCAUCAUAUACAGAUGUAAAUUCUAUAAGGAUGAAGCUGAUGGCUUUUAUUAAAAGAGUUAUACUUGGGCAUCCUCUAUUGAGUGGAAAGCUAAAUCUUCCAUUUAUUGAAAACAUUCAUGUUUGCCUUGCCUCCACAUUUUCAUAG